UAGGAGAAAGUGUGUCAUCGUGAUUGCCGUGGUAUCCUAAAGGAUUUAUUCUGCUUUGGGAAACUUUGUGGUUUUUACUCUGUUACUGGUACUGCAGCAAUAAAGCCAGGCCGGGCGAUCGAACUCGGGAUACAUAAAAUUAAGUUACUAAAGCAUCUUUAUGAAAUAAUAAAAAUAUAAUCAAUACGAAAUGAGCGAAAUGCCCGAACGUUGAGGCGCGGGGGGACGUGGAGGGCGCCUGUCUAAUAAGACUGGAUGCUGUAAUGGACCGUACAUCCGCCUUAAUACAUUCAGACAUCUAAUAACGGUCCAUAAGGACUGUUUCGCGCGAAUGUGGCCCCUAAAACACGAUGCUACAGCGACGCAUGGGCGGAGGAACCAAUCAAUGCUCGUAGUCCGCAGUCCAAUGAAAGAGUAGACAGCUCCGCCCCUCCACUGGUUCCGCCGAAUUUGCUACCUACCCCGAUAUAAAACGAAGCCACCCUGUUCAACCCAGCAUCACAUCACCUUCUACUGCCCAUCAUUCAGCAUCACUGUGCAGUUGUGUAUUUGUUGUUUACCUGACUUUUUUUUGUGCGACCAGUGUCGAGGAUUAUUUUGUGACAGUUUUAAGUUUUUUAUUUUAUGAAUAACCAAGGAUUCAAAAUGUACCACCAACAAGAACAGAAAAGUUCACCCGUAGUGUUGGAUGUGAUUCCACCUCAUUACAACAUCCAUCACGGACAGCCCAGUCCGCCACAAUCUCCCAACACCACGCAGCAAUUCAGAAAAGAUUGCACCAGUCCUCUGUCAUCGGAUACCAAACUUAGCACCCCAACUAGCCCGUCGUCGGUCAACGAUCCAAACAUUCGCCGUUACAGGACUGCGUUCACAAGAGAACAACUGGCCAGACUGGAAAAGGAAUUCUACAAAGAAAAUUACGUUUCGCGUCCCAGAAGAUGUGAACUGGCGACGCAGCUCAACUUGCCCGAAAGCACAAUCAAGGUCUGGUUCCAAAACAGAAGGAUGAAGGACAAGAGACAAAGAAUGGCAAUCGCCUGGCCAUAUGCAGCAGUCUACACCGAUCCCGCGUUCGCAGCCUCCAUUCUCCAAGCUGCCGCGUCCACGUUGCAUUAUCCACCGGCGCCGCCGAUGUAUUCGCACCACUACCCAAGAUAUCAUCCGUAUUCCGGUUUCGUACCGCCAGCCGGUCUUCCCCUGCACGCACCCGGAUUGAACAUGAAUCAGCCCAUCAAUCCAGCUACGAUGCCCCUGCAGCAGAACGUGCCUCAGCCAGCUCCACUUCCUCAAGGAUUGAACUUGAAUUUGGGGUUCGACUUCCCCCAAUAUCCCAAGUUCGAGAACCAUCAGAAACUUUCGCCGCACAGCAGCCCCGUGCACUCGGAGAUCAGCCUUAGUCCUCCUACGCACGAAGGUUUGCUGAUCCCGGUCGCGAAGGUGUCGCCCGAAACGACUCAGGUCCCGCAGAAACCGAAACUGUUCAAGCCAUACAAAUCCGAAACGUAAAGUAUUUUUGAAUAUUGUUACAAAACGAGGUUGUUAGGUUUUGCUGAGUUAGCUUUAAAUUAUCAGUUUUAUGAUAGGUCUUGAUUUGUGUAUUAGUUUUUUAUUUAUAUUUUGUAAAUAUUUGGUGUAAAUAUUCGAUUUAGUAAGUCUUAAGAAGUGAAAUUAAAGGUCUGAAAUUUUA